AAAAUAGCAAUCUUCCUGUUUUCUCUGAAGGGAUACUGAUUGAUACUGGCAAGAGAAAAUGCCAUCCUGAAGGAUACUUGUUGACGCUCUGAGAGAAUACCAACUCUAAUCUAGAGGAGGUUUUAGUAACUAAUGGUGAAGAAACUUUCCUGAAAAACCUGAAGGCACUGAGGAUAUUUGAAGGGCCAGAAAAGAAAUUCUCUGUAGAUUCUGGAGCUCAAAUAUGAUGAAGCUUACAUACUCCUAUUUUCCUGGGUAUCACAUAUGCCUUAUUUUCUUGCAAGUGAUAGCAUCAACUUCUGAGAAUCUGAUGGUGACAGCUCCCACUGAACACUUGGUGGCUAGAGUAGGAGGCCAGGCUGAGCUCAGCUGCCAGGUGAUCCCACCACGCAGUGUGGAGUACAUGGAGGUGCGUUGGUUCAGGAGUGGCCAUUCCCAACCUCUUUACCUAUACAGAGGUAGCCAUGGAGCGAAUGGAGAAGCUGCACCUGAAUAUGUGAAUCGUGUAGAGUUUGUGAAAGAGGCCAUUGGAAAGGGAAAAGUGGCCCUCAGAAUUCGUAAUAUCAGCAUUCCUGAUGACGGGCUUUACCAAUGUUCAUUUAAUGAUAGUGCCUUCAGUUAUGUGGCCAGCAUGAAUCUCAGUGUGGCAGCAUUUGGAUUGAAGACGCAAAUCCAUGUUCAGAGUUCUGGAAAUGGAGGAUUCAUUGUGGGGUGCUUUUCAGAAGGGUGGUUCCCACAGCCCCGAAUGGAGUGGAGAGACAGCAGAGGGGAAGUAGUUCCAUAUUCUUCAGUAUCACACUCACAGGAUGGAGAUAGAUUUUUCCACAUGAAGAUGACUCUUCUCCUCAGAAACCAUUCUCAGGAAAGUAUCACAUGUUGCGUUCUUAACCCUCUAACGGGUGAAGAGAAGCAAACGAAUCUCAUCUUUGCAAAAUGUGCAUGUGGAUGUGAACCAUGUCUCCAUAAAGCAGGCAUAAUAGUAAUGGUCUUUAAAUUCCUGUGUUUCAUGAUCUUCUCUGUAACAAUCGUUAUUAAGUAUGUGCAAUUACGGAACAAAGUUUCUAUUUCAGAUCCACUAUUUUCCUUAUACAAUAGCUGGAUGGCAGAUAUAGCAAUUGUGGUAGGUUUUCUGGUGUUAAUUUUCACUGUUACAACCAUCAUAUUAUCAUGGACACACAUAAGAACAACAAGACAAAGGAACAUAUGAAACAAAACAGCAGAGAUACAACCAACAAAAUUUAGACUCAUACUCCAGAUUCAUCAAUGAGUUGUUCUAAGAAAAUAGGAAGAGAGAAGAGUCUACAACAUAAAACAGAUGUAAAAGCAUAUCCAUUGCUAUUGUUUAUAUUUUAUUUUUUAAUUUUUUUAUUUUUUUGGUUUUUAUGAGACAGGGUUUCUCUGUAUUGUUUUGGAGGCUGUCGGUCCAGCCCAGCCUCAAACUCACAGAGAUCUGCCUGCCUCUGCCCCCGCCACGAGUGCUGGGAUUAAAGGCAUGCGCCACCACUGCCUGGCAUUGUUUAUAUUUUAAGUGCCCUCCAAAAAUGCUAGUGGUAAAAACUUGGUCACUAGUGGGGUAAUACUGAAGGACAAUGAAACCUUUGAGAAAUGAAGACGACUAGUGGGUGAUCUCUGAGUAAUUAUGGGCACACACUCAAAAGCAUAAUGGAAAACUGGCCCCAUCUCAUUUCUUUAUUUUGUUGUAUAACCAUUGCAUGAAUGAUUUUGCUCUACCAUUUACUUUUUCCAUGCUGUACUCCCUGCUGUCCAGAGUUUUAGAAAUAAUGGGUCCAUCUGUAUAUUUACAAAGAAAAUUGACUGAAGUGGGAAAAGUGGGGAGACCUACCCUCAAAGUAGGUUUUACUUUUGAAGUCUGAAAAAUAAGUAUUGUUGCCUAGUUGCUUUUGCUUCUUCCUCAGCAAGUGUGUCUAUCCCUGUUGCUGCUGCCAUCCUCUUUGGUCUUUGAAUGUGGACUGAGUAUCAAUAACUUUCCAUGGGGACUUUCAGAAAUUCUACACUGUGCUGGGACUGCAAAGACAUCCAGAUUCAUUGAUGGAGAAAUAGUGGAUUCUCUGCCUCCUUUGAUCCUAUUACAUAAAACAAUUCAAUAAAUUGA